UAUUUAAUAGUUUUGAGUCAUUUGUCAAAGCAUCGUAGCCGCAGCUAUUCUAUUUAUGCGUUAUCCCUUUCUUGCUCAACAAUUUCCCCUUAGAACAUAUUUCUAAAGAUCGAAGUUGAAAAUUUCUUGCAAUGUUUACUACUUCAAAUGCCUUACAAAAUGCUGGAGGAACGACACCAACUUUGCAAUAUCAGCAAGCUGACAUGGGCCAGAAGCCCCAAGUUAAAACGAUUGAUAAUACUCAAAUAAAAAUAAGUCAACAUCAACAGCAAGUUCAACAAGAGUUUCCAACAUUCUGUUACACCAAUGUAAAUAUGAUUCAAAAAUUGACACCAGCCUCCCAGGCACACACCAGCACUGUAAAUUUAGCUCAAUUGACUGAUGAUAAUAAAACCUGUUAUAUUGCACAACCGUUCGGUUAUAACUAUGCUUUAGUUAACCAAAUGCAGUUGGCUCAGAAUGGGGUAACCGGAGUUACCAUUGAUGGAAGAAUACCGAAUACAAUAUCUAAUAUAAGUUUUAAAUGUGACGUUUGUGGUUUAAUGUUUGCACAUUUAACUCUUUUGAAUCAUCACAAGAGAAUUCAUAAUCAGGAUCAAGAUUCUGAUGGAAAUAUUACUGUUGUUGCCCAGGCUCAAAAUUUAGUAUCUGCACAAAACUUGGUGCAAGAUGGACAGAGUUUGGGAACAUUACAAGGAGCCAUACAAAUUGUGGCCACAGAAACAUUAGAACCGGCUACAAGCCAAGCGAUGCAACAACAAGAACAACAAUUGGCAAUCACAAAAUCAACUAUGGUUACAAUAGAUAAAAACCAAAAAUGUAUUACAUGUGGUGGACCAAUCAUAAUUAAUCCAAAACGUAAAGGACCGAAAUUGAUUAGAUGUGAAACUUGUAUUAAUAAUGAUAAUGUUUCUCAUGUUAGAGCUGCAACACAAAUUUUUGUUGCCCCUGAUGGUGAUGUUAAAUUUGAAAUGACUGAAAUAACAAAUCAAGGUCAGCAGCAACAGCAACAGCAGCAGCAGCAGCAACAACAGGAUGGUCAAACAAUGGACAAUCUCGGGACACAAAAUGUUAUACCUCUUGGACAAAAACCAUUACCGGGACAUCAUCCUGUUAAGAAAAGGAAUAUUGCUUCAGUUACAAAAUGUCACAAAUGCAAUGGCUCAGGAAUUAUUUUUAUAGGUGGUAAUAAAAUAAACUGCAAAAUGCGAAGUAAUUAUUCUGAAAUAAACAAGAAACAAAUAUUAUAUUAAUUGUAAUAUUCUAAUAAUAACUAUUUUUAUUUUAGUGCUGAGAAACCUUUUCAUUGCAAUAUUUGUGGAGGUUCAUUUUCUAGAUAUUCUAGUUUGUGGUCUCAUAAAAAAUUACAUAGUGGAGAAAAGAAUUUCAAAUGUACAAUUUGCGGAUUGGCUUUUGCUAAAGCAGUUUAUCUUAAGAAUCAUUCAAGAAUUCAUACAGGAGAGAAACCAUAUAGAUGCAAUACAUGCGGUAUGCAGUUUUCACAAUCACCACAUUUGAAAAAUCAUGAACGUACACAUAGUGGUGAAAAACCAUAUGUUUGCGAGGUUUGUGAUAAAGGAUUUGCAAGACAUGCAACACUCUGGAAUCAUAGGCGAAUUCAUACAGGAGAAAAACCUUAUAAAUGUGAUAUAUGCGGCUCUGCAUUCAGCCAAGCUGCUCACUUGAAAAAUCAUGCAAAGGUUCAUUCUGGAGAGAAACCCUUCAAAUGUGAUAUAUGUUCUGCUGCAUUUGCUGAUAGAUUUGCAUUAAAACGACACAGAGGCAUUCAUGAAAAAUAUGGUCAAACAGCUCCAAGACAACCUGCUCAACCACCACAGAUAGUUAUUUUAAAACAGGAGGAACAAGAUCAGCAGCAACAGCAGCAGCAGCAGCAACAACAACAACAGCAGCAACAACAGCAGCAGCAACAACAACAACAACAGCAGCAGCAGCAACAGCAAGAAGAGGAAAAAAUCCAUGAAGUUGUCAUAACAAUGUAGAUUGUUUAAAACUUCUCCAGGAAUUUCCUUGUUUGACAAUAUCACAUUUCAGGCUUGUAUGACUUGAAUAAUAAGCAAUUUAUAGACUGGAUUAACUAAUUUUAUAUUAUUAUAUAAUUUAGUUAUGUUAAGUUAAAUAGUUGAAUGACUAUUAGAACACAAA